UUUAUUUUAUUUCGCUUUGUUUCCAAGUUACGGCCCCUGAAUUUUGUACAACUCUCCCUGGACCACUUCCGGUUGCCGGCCCUCGCCUCAUAACUUCGGUUCGGGUGACCUCGGCCCGGGAUGCCCCUCGGCUCGCCCCAGGCUCACGUCCCGAUCCUGGCUUGAGUGGCCCAGGGCGGGGGACCUGGAAGUUUUAGCCUCGCUGCUCCUGAGGCGGAUUAAUUAGCCCAAGAAACAUUAUAUUCAUUUUUCUGGAUAUGCCGCAGAAGGAUCCGUGCCAGAAACAAGCCUGUGAAAUACAGAAAUGUUUACAAGCCAACAACUACAUGGAAUCUAAGUGUCAGGCUGUCAUCCAAGAACUGCGUAAGUGUUGUGCUCGAUAUCCUAAGGGAAGAUCUCUCGUCUGUUCGGGAUUUGAAAAAGAAGAGGAAGAAAAGCUGACACUGAAGCCUACAUCAAAAUAAAGUUCUGCUGAAAAGUUAAAUGCUGCACCAUGUAUCCACCAAGCAAGUUUUGUCUUCCUGACUCUUUCUUCAGGCCAGGUAGCAGCAAAUAUCAAAUAAAAAAGUCAACUAUAAAAGUUAAUGAAUAUGCCAUCUAUGCAGAACAGAUAGACAUAUAAAUAUAUUAAAUAUGUAGAAUGUAAUAAAACUGAGCUGCUAAAAUAAACCUGUUAA